GAGAGAGGUAGGGAUAAUAAUUCUCUAUUUGCAAUUGGAUUUCAUUUCUUUUGUUCAUAACCCAAGUUGGAAAUUUAAUCUGUCCAAACAAGACGCUAUGCCCAUCCAAUCAUCUUCUCUUGGUGUGCAUCCAUUUUCAUGAGCCCCACCUUUCUCCCAUCAUCAUAUAUCCCACCAAAACUAUACUUCUUAUUUCUGCUUUGUUAUCUGUGGUUUUUGUUGGUUGUUAGUCUAAGAAGCUGAGCUUUGUCUGCAAGAAAAUGGGCAGGAAGUGCUCACAUUGUGGGAACAUUGGCCAUAAUUCAAGAACCUGCACCAAUUUCAGAGGCACUGUAGCUGCUGGACUCAGGCUUUUUGGAGUCCAACUUGACCUAACUUCUGCUGCUGCUGCUGCUUCUCCUUCUCUUGCCAUGAAAAAGAGUUUUAGCAUGGAGUGCUUGCCUUCUUCUUCUUCUUCUUCUUCUCCAUCUUCUUCUUCUUUGUGUUCUUCUCGAGUUUCCGUCGAUGACAAUCCUGAUAGAACUUCCACUGAUUAUCUCUCCGAUGGACUCAUCGGCCCUGUCCAAGAAAGAAAGAAAGGAACUCCAUGGACGGAAGAUGAGCACCGAACAUUUCUGAUCGGCCUUGAAAGGCUGGGAAAAGGAGACUGGAGAGGGAUCUCCAGAAACUACGUGACUACAAGAACUCCAACGCAAGUUGCCAGUCAUGCUCAAAAAUAUUUUCUUCGCCUUGCUAGCCUCAACAAGAAGAAGCGGCGAUCGAGCCUCUUCGACAUGGUUAGGAGCAGCUCUCAAGCUAAUGGUGAUCAUGUUCCUAGCCAUCAAUAUGAAAUACAAAACGAUACCAUUUUGCCUCUCACUCUUGCAAAUAACCAAGAAAAUGAUGAGUACCCUCAAUUAGUUUCAGACAACAAUUCCUUAUUACCUCUGCCAAAACCUUCGAACAGAUCAAAAAAAACAUCUUCUGAUGAUGAUCUGGAGCUCACUCUCGCCUGUCCGAUUUCUGUUGAAGGGAGUAAAGCUUCCACAAGUCCCUUCUUCGUCUCCAUAAGAGCUACUUAGCUUCACUAUUAGUGUUAAUUAUAUAUUAAUUUCCGGUGUAGUUAUCAUGUGUUAAUAGAGGAAUUAGUUCAGACAUAAUUUCUCUUUCUUUAUUAUUAUUACUAUUUUUUUUUAUCAA